UGUCAAUUUCAAUGAUUUGUGAUGCCCACGCUUGACUAUUGUUGCAGUUUAUUAAUUUGCAUCACUUGCAUUUGAGAAUCCAGGAAGUGCAGGACACGUUCUUGAUCGCCAUUCUUUACUACCUGUUAAUAAGAAAUUGCGUUCGGUCCACGUUGAUACUUUCGUAUACAAGAUGACUUUGGGAACUUACAACAGACACCAAGCGGAGAAGAAACGGCAAGCAGCGCUAGCGGCCGCAUUUCCUCAAGGGAUACGUUGUCAAAAAUGUCUUCAAUAUGGACAUUGGAGCUACGAAUGUACUGGCCAACGCAAGAUUCUCGUCCGCCCUUCCCGUACGCAAGUGCUUAAGAAGAAUUUAAAAGCCAAGGAAGAAAAGUGCAGUGAUGGCAAAUGCAAGAUCCCUGCGAAAAAGAAGCGCUACUCAAACUGUGAUGACUGCUCCGAUGACGAUUCUUCUUCAUCAGGAUCCUCGUCAGAUAGCUCGUCCUCUGAUAGUGAUUCUGACAGUGGAAGCGAGUCUGACAGUGGAAGCAGCAGUGGAAGCUGUUCAGAUAGCGGCAGUGGCUCGGAAUCUGAUUCUUCUAGUGACUAAGUAUUCUUUAAGAUUUUAUUGAAUAAGCAGCAAUGUUUUUAGUUCAGAUUCUAUUGUCCUUGGAAGAUUUCAGUUUAAGAUUCUAUUGUGUCUUGAAACUUUUCCUACAUAUCAGUAAGGGAUUGUCUUUUGUAAAUUCCUUUUUAUACUGCUUUUUUACUAUUCUAUAUUUAAAUUUAUAUUCUUUUACUUUUUCUUGUUCAAAAUUUAAAAAUGAAUACAUUGCAUGCUCAUUGAUUUGUAAAAUAAUGCUGGUCAUUCAGAAAUAGGGUAA